CGCCACGCGAGUGCAGUACAGUAAAGUUAAGAACCAAGGCAAGGCACAACGAGAAGUGACAUCUGCAGAAAUUUGAAACCAGUUAGUGAUAAAACGUCGAAUACCAAUUACCAAUGACAGCAGCUGCUAAAGCGCAAAGCAAUUCAGACUAGAAAGCAGAAGUUUAAUUUCCAAAAAAAAAGUUAAUAUUCGAAUCAAAAGUUUACUCACGCCAGUCGUCGCUUGCAAAACCACACCCACUGAUAGUAGGUAGCUGUUAUGCCCGAAACGAAUAAAUUGUUGAAUAAUGGUUAUCUACGCACACCGCAUAUCUUUGGCGUAAGCAGCGGUGCAACAAUGGAGGACGGCGGGGCAACAACUGCCGUUUCGCCGCUGCUCAGCGACAGCGGCGACAUCGCCACCACUACGCUUAUAGAUGACAAAUUGUCUAACCUACAACAGAAUAGCAAUAAUUUAAACAACAGCGCAGCGAACAAUGGACCGCAUGUCAAAUUGCCCACAGUGGUGUAUUUAGGCGCUGACAGUGGUGGCGGCGGUGGCGGCGGUGGUGUUGGAGGAGUUGGUGUGAGCAUCAACAGCGGUACCGGUGCAACGCGCACUACACUUCAGCGGAACGCACCCUCGCCCUACCAAAGCACCACAACACCCAUGCAUCAGCAUAGCGAUUGGCUGAUGAAGGAGCCGACACAAAGACGGCGCUUGCUCAUCUUAGCUGCAGCUUUCAUGGUGCUCGGCGCUGCGAUCGGUGCAUUGGCGAUCUAUUUUGCUGGCAGCUAUCGUUGUCACUCGUUGCCCACCGCUGACACGGAAGUAAGCGUUGACAGCAGUAGAUUGGAUACUGAAUACGGAG